GUAUGAUUAUCGUGAAAUGCUGCACAAUGCCACUUUCUGUCUGGUCCCCCGUGGCCGGAGGCUUGGAUCCUUCAGGUUCUUGGAGGCCCUGCAGGCUGCCUGUAUUCCUGUGAUGCUCAGCAAUGGAUGGGAACUUCCGUUCUCAGAGGUGAUUAAUUGGAAUCAAGCUGCCGUCAUAGGAGAUGAAAGAUUGUUACUACAGAUCCCUUCUACAAUCAGGUCUAUCCAUCAGGAUAAAAUCCUAGCACUUAGACAGCAGACUCAGUUCUUGUGGGAGGCUUAUUUUUCUUCUGUUGAGAAGAUUGUAUUGACCACACUAGAGAUUAUUCAAGACAGAAUAUUUAAGCACAUAUCCCGUAACAGUUUAAUAUGGAAUAAACACCCCGGGGGGUUAUUCGUACUGCCGCAGUAUUCAUCAUAUCUGGGAGAUUUCCCUUACUAUUAUGCUAAUUUAGGAGUCAAGGCCCCAUCCAAAUUCACCGCCAUCAUCCAUGCAGUUACUCCUCUGGUGUCCCAAUCUCAACCUGUGCUGAAACUCCUGGUUGCAGUAGCCAAAUCCCAGCACUGUGCUCAGAUCAUUGUCUUAUGGAAUUGUGAUAAGCCCCUCCCUGCCAAGCAUCGCUGGCCUGCCACUGCUGUGCCUGUCAUUGUUAUCGAAGGAGAAAGCAAGGUGAUGAGCAGUCGCUUCCUGCCCUAUGAGAACAUUGUCACAGAUGCUGUUCUAAGCCUCGACGAAGAUACGGUGCUUUCAACCACUGAGGUGGAUUUUGCCUUCACUGUCUGGCAGAGUUUCCCAGAGAGGAUUGUGGGUUAUCCUGCUCGCAGCCACUUUUGGGAUAACACGAAAGAGAGGUGGGGCUACACAUCAAAGUGGACUAAUGACUAUUCCAUGGUAUUGAGUGGAGCUGCUAUUUACCACAAAUAUUAUCACUACCUGUACACUCAUUACCUGCCUGCUAGUCUGAAGAACGUGGUGGACCAACUAGCCAAUUGUGAAGACAUUUUAAUGAACUUUUUGGUGUCUGCUGUGACAAAAUUGCCUCCCAUCAAAGUAACACAGAAAAAACAGUACAAGGAAACCAUGAUGGGACAGACUUCCAGAGCUUCUCGGUGGGCUGAUCCAGAUCAUUUUGCUCAGAGGCAAAGCUGCAUGAACACUUUUGCCAGCUGGUUUGGCUAUAUGCCGCUGAUCCAUUCCCAGAUGAGGCUCGAUCCUGUGCUCUUUAAAGAUCAGGUCUCCAUCCUGAGGAAAAAAUAUCGAGACAUUGAACGACUUUGAGGAGCCCAGUUGAGGGGUGGGUGGGGGUGAGAAUCGGAUGGGUCACCUAGCCCAGCGCAGCAGAGCCACCCAGAUCCUCGUCGAGUCAGACCACACCAAGAGCAACUCAAUCCAAAAAUUUCCGACACGCCAAUGUUAGUAGCCAAGCGGCUCUGGACCCAAAGGGAAAACUGGUUGCGCUGGACUGCUUUGAAACACCCCCCUCAACGGGCUGCAGGUCCCUCAAGACUAGGUUGUGUACAGUUUCAUUAUGGAACAUUAAAUAAUUAUUUUUUGAAAUGAUUGCUAUGCAGGUUUAAACUUUUUUAAUGAUAAAAAAAAUCCCUAU